UGUUAUAAAUUGUUUGUAUUCUCUUGAUUUAGAAUAUCCUCUCCAAAAUAAAAAGACAAAAAAAAAUCCUUAAUUUGUUUUCUUAAGUUAAGUAUUCGUGUCAAGAAAUCGUUACAGUGUCGCAGACCACGUCAUCAAAUAUAUCAACCCCAGUGACACCUACAACAACUCAAAUGGUAUCCAACAGUAGCUGUUAUUCACCCACCGUACAACCCACAACCUUGCCACAAGAGGAUUGUCCAGCAGACGGAAAGCCAACCGUAGAAUCAUCGUGCGGCAGGUAUGCUAUUCUGCGAUACCCUUCUCCUUGGAACGAUGAUUUGAAGGAUAAUUCAUCAUGUAAUUAUCAGAUCCUGAAAAAAAAUCUUACAAAUAUCAUUUGCGUUGAAUUGAAGAUUCACGUAUCUGUGGUGAUUUAUCUGGAACUGACUUUCAAAAAGGCAGCAGGGGGUUGGUUGAUUGUAGAAGUCAAAGUAUGCUUGGAUAUUAAACUCGAAGUCGUUAUUGAUAUGGAAGCCGUACUACACAAUUUCACAACAAACUAUACCUAUGAAGCAGUCGGAGUUACUUUCUCAGAAUGGAAAGCUAAGGAUGGCGAGUGCAAAAAGUGUGACGGAGGAGGUGGACCAUUUAUGAUUGAAAGCGUAUGUGAGGAGAAAGAGCACAGCUGUCGGGGACAAAAGAACAAGUCUAAAGAAUCCAUGGAUUGUGCGAAGUAUUGCUCCUCCUCAGCCUCAGCUCAGGUGGUCGCUGCGGUUUCCAACCUUAUUCUGGCCAUGUGGAUCUCUAUUUCUUACAACUUUUAGCACGUACUGAGAGGUCUUGAAGUAUGGAUCCAAUAAAAAAAAAACUCGGAGUUUAAAGUCCAGUAGUAUUUUCUUUUGUUUUUAUGCGUGGAAUACUUUUGUCUAGACUGUUCGAGUAUAUAUCGAAGAUAUAGUACUUAGUAAAGUGUACCAUUUUACUGCUAUAGAAAAAGAUUGCUAUUAUCGGUUGUUUUAGGUAAUACAGAUAAUUGCAGGUUAGCAAUGGUUUGCCAUUAAAAGUCUUCAAGACAAA